AUGCUGCACUUCCAGCUUGUUGUGGUGCAUUUGGCCCUUGUGGUUACCCUGCUGCAGUGGCACUCCAGCUCAGUACUCCUUGUGGAGGCAGCUCUGGAGCCUUUGGAGCCUUCUGCAGCUCUGGCCAUGGGAGCACAUCCCACUGCCAGUGAAGAGAAAUCAGCCACUGACCUGGCAGCCAAACUGUUCCUUCUGGAUGAGCUGGUGUCUCUGGAGAAUGAGGUGGCUGAGACCAAGAGGAAAAGAAGUUUCCCAGGCUUUGGCUCUCCACUUGACAGAAUUUCUUCCACCACUGUGGAUGCCAAAGGCAAACAGAGAAAAGUGGUUGAGCUGCCUAAGAGAAGGUUUGGAGCCCCUCUGGACAGGAUUGGAGUGAGCCAUCUUGGCAACACCAAGGGUGCUUCUGUUCUGAGUGAUUGA